CCAAACCUCCCCUCCUUGCUCGGGGUCCCCCGUGUCCCCUCCCCGCGUCCCUCACCCGCCUCGGGGUGUCCCCGCGGUGCCCUGAGCGUCCCCCGGGGCCCACCGCAGAAGCAGGACGCGGAGGACGAUGCCGACGAGCUGGAGAUCGCCGUUGACAACACGGCUUUCAUGGACGAGUUCUUCGCCGAGAUCGAGGAGACCCGGCAGAACAUCGACAAGAUCUCGGAGAACGUGGAGGAGGCCAAGAAGCUCUACAGCGUCAUCCUGUCGGCCCCCAUCCCCGAGCAGAAGACCAAAGACGAGCUGGAGCAGCUCACGGCCGACAUCAAGAAGAUGGCCAACAGCGUGCGGAACAAGCUGAAGAGCAUGGAGAGGAACAUCGAGCAGGACGAGGAGCGCUCCUCCGCCGACCUGCGCAUACGCAAGUCCCAG